AUGGCUGCGCUCCAGGUGCAUGCUGGAGUGCGAAGGAUCGAGAAGGUGCUGAUCGCCAAUCGAGGAGAGAUCGCGUGUCGUGUGAUGCGCACAGCAAAGAAGAUGGGUGUCCGCUCUGUGGCGGUGUACAGCGACGCAGACAGACACUCCAUGCACGUGGCCAUGGCGGAUGAAGCCUAUCACAUCGGUCCUCCGCCCUCUCAGCAGAGUUACCUCUCAAUGGAGAAAGUUUUCGAAGUGGCCAAGAAGUCUGGAUCACAUACUAAAACAUUCAGACAUGUGGAGGUUCAGGUGUUCGGAGACAUGCACGGUAACGCCGUCUAUCUGUUUGAGAGAGACUGCAGCGUCCAGAGGAGACAUCAGAAAAUCAUUGAGGAAGCACCGGGGCCUGGGAUCAGUCCUGAGGUCCGGAGGAAACUUGGAGAAGCAGCAGUUCGUGCAGCCAAAGCUGUGAACUAUGUAGGAGCAGGUACGGUGGAGUUCAUCAUGGAUGCCAAUCAUAACUUCUACUUCAUGGAGAUGAACACGAGGCUGCAGGUGGAACAUCCCGUCUCUGAAAUGAUCACUGGAACCGACCUGGUGGAGUGGCAGCUCAGGGUGGCAGCAGGGGAGCGUCUGCCGCUCCUCCAGGAUGACAUCAUCUUAGGGGGCCACUCAUUCGAGGCGCGGAUCUACGCCGAAGACCCGAACAACGACUUCCUCCCAGGGGCGGGGCCUCUGCUGCAUCUCUCCACCCCUCAAGCGGACCAACACACUCGCAUAGAGACGGGAGUCAGGGAAGGGGAUGAGGUGUCGGUACAUUAUGACCCAAUGAUCGCUAAGCUUGUGGUUUGGGGCGAGGACCGACCAGCUGCCUUAAAGAAGCUGCGCUACUGUUUACGACAAUAUAAUAUCGUUGGACUCAACACGAACAUAGAUUUUCUGCUGAGUCUCUCGGGUCACCCUGAGUUCGAGGCUGGGAACGUGACCACCAGCUUCAUCCCCCAACACUACGCCGACCUGUUCCCCGCCCCGAGAGCUCCUUCUGGGGAAACCAUCUGCCAGGCGGCCCUGGGUCUGGUGCUGCAGGAGAGGAGACGCACACAGGAGUUCACGCACGCCUCCACAGACCCCUUCUCUCCUUUCGGCUCGAGCAGCGGCUGGAGAAACAACAUUCAGUUCAACAGAAAUAUGACGCUACAGGUCGGAGACAAAAAGGUUGAUGUGGUGAUCAAGUAUAACAAAGAUGGAAGUUACAACAUGCAGAUCGGCGAGGACUUGUACCAUGUGACCGGAGAGGUGGAGUUGGAGGGCGGAGCUUCGUUCCUUCACUGCUCCGUCAACGGAGAGAAGUCUCGUCCCAAACUGGUGAUUCUGGAAAACAUGGUUCAUCUGUUCUCUAUGGAGGGGACGGCCCAGGUGUCGGUGCCGGUGCCCAAAUAUCUGGCCGGUGUGAGCGGCUCCGGGGCUCAGGGCGGAGCCGUGGCCCCCAUGACAGGAACCAUAGAGAAGGUGCUGGUGAAGGUCGGAGACAAAGUGGCGGUGGGAGACGCGCUGAUGGUCAUGAUCGCCAUGAAGAUGGAGCACACGAUCCGGGCGCCCAAGUCCGGUGUGAUCAAGAAGGUUUUCUUCAGCGAAGGUUCUCAGGCCAAUCGCCACGCUCCUCUGGUGGAGCUGGAGGAGGAGGAGGGGGAGGAGGCUGACGUGGAGGGAAGCAGCCAGUGAAUUCAACAAACACACACAGACGGACAGGAAGGAGGGAGGG